UCUGCUCACAUUUCGCGACCCAAACAUCUCCACGUGACGUUUUGCCUGUGUCAGUGGUGUGACUAUCUACUCCUCUUGGCUCACCGCUAACCCACACAUACUGGCACCUUUCCUUUCAUCUGGGCAGCACGGGCAUUUACACAGCUGACGGGGGAAUACUGGGGUGACAGCUCCCCAAUAUACCCACACUACAGGCUAGGGAGGGAAGGUGAUGGCCCCUAUGGUUAUGUUGGGAUCCCGGGAUGCCACGCCCCGUCGAUACUGGGGCGAGGGUCAGGGGCCGACAGCAAGCCCCAGUCAGGCAUCCCUUCUUCUGGCUCGCAUCAACAGCCGUGCUCGGGAGAGGAAGGCUGGGAUGGGGCAGAGGAGGCUGAGUGUGGGGCUGGGAGAGGAGCAGGAAUUAGGAGAGGGACUGAGUACACCAAAACACACAAAUAUGGUAGUACAAAGUGUGACACCAAGGGAACAGAUAGAGGCAACACCCAAGGAUCACCCUGUUGAUGCUGCUACUCCUGUGACUAAGGCCGAGCUGAGGGUGAAUGGAGUGAGAACUGAGGAAACUUCUCCAGAUAUAGAGGCCAUGAAGAAAAAGAAGAGGAAAAAGAAAGAUUCAGAGGGUGAAGAAAGUAAAGGUGUCCUAGAAACUUCAGAAAUACCAGAAUCAGUAGGGGAAGAUGGAACUCCAAUAAUCAAGAAGAAAAAGAAGAGGAAGAAGGACAGAGAAGAAUUACAGAUGGAUGAUGAAGAAUCACAGUCUGCCAUACCUGAAACAGAAAUGGCAGAAGCAGAACUGGUAAAGAAAAAGAAAAAGAAGAGACAUAAAGAAAUUGAAAAUGGGGAAGAAAGCAUCAGUGCUGAAACAGAAAAGAGAAGUGCAAUACAGAUAAAAACAGAAAGUAAACACAAGGAACAUGUGGAAAUAAAUGGUGAGAAGGCAGAGGGCUCAAGUGAUUUCUGUGAAGACCAAAGAAAAAAGAAAAAGAGGAAUAGAAGAGAUGAAGCAAGUGAGGAAAUGGAAAGCACUCAAACACUCACCACCUUACAGCAGGAAGAAGACAUUAACUCAAGUUCACCAAGGAAGAAGAAGAAGAAAAAGGACAAGAAACAAGAACUAGAGGAAGAGAAGACUUCAGAAAAAUUAAAGAGCACUGAAGUGCCAAAAAUAGAAAUUAAACAAGAAAUAGUAGACACAUUAGAAGAAAUACAGACAGAAGGUAAGAUGAAAGAAAGCCAUAUUGACAGAGAUACAGGUGUAAAUGAAAAGGUAGAAGGAAAGGAUAACCAAAAGGCUGUGGUGGGUAAAAGGAAGAAGUGGAAGAAAGAGAAGAAAAUGAAAGAUAAACUCAACACUACAGAAGUUGAAGGCUUCACUCUCUUGACAGAAGUAGAAGAAACUAAAAAAAAGAAGGUUCAGCGCACCUUACCACACUGGCUGGCAAAACCCACAUUGAUUAGCCGAGACUUGGUGGCUGGCAGUACUCCCUUGGACUCCUUCUGUGGCCUUGAUGCAUGCCUGGUGGAGGAACUCAAAUUUCAGAAGGUCCAACAGCUGUUUCCGGUGCAGAAGGUUGUUAUUCCUGAGAUCCUGGCUAGCGCUGGACCUUUAUCGUGCAGAUAUCGACCAAGAGACUUGUGUGUGGCAGCUCCCACUGGCAGCGGCAAGACCCUGGCCUACGUGCUGCCUCUCGUCCAGACCCUCAAGAGCCGCACCGUGCCCAGAAUACGUGUCCUCGUCCUCCUCCCAGUGCAGGAACUGGUCAAUCAGGUGUACAACGUUUUCUGUACGUACUGCAAGGGAACCCCACUGCAUGUCGGCAAGGCAGUGGGCCUCACUGCCAUGUCAAAGGAACAGGCAAACCUUGUAGAGAACCACCUUGGCUGCUACCACUCCCUGGUUGACAUUCUGGUGGCUACGCCCGGCAGGCUGGCAGACCACCUCAGGAUGACACAGGGACUGGAUCUCUCUGCACUAAGGUACUUGGUGCUGGAUGAGGCUGACCGCAUGCUGGCAGCUGAGGGCGGGGACUGGAUGCACCACAUUGAGCGGGCCAUUGUGGACCACCGGGCCAGGCAAGAAAACCAGCUGCUGCUCCAGCCACCACUUCAGCGUUUGUUAUUUUCAGCCACGCUGUCCAGUGACCCUGAGCAUCUGCAGCACGUCGCCCUCCACCACCCAAAGCUGUACACUGUGGCUGCUUCUGCUGCAGGUGAAGCAGAUCGGGACAAGUCGACGGCAGUGGUGACGGGCCAGUUCGUCAGACCUGCUGAGCUGAGGGAAGAGUUUGUGGUGGUGGAGGAAGAGGUGAAGCCAUUGGCCCUCCACCACCUACUGGUGUCCGGGAAAGGGCGGCACAGAGUUCUUGUGUUCACCAACUCUAUUAAGGCCACACACAAUCUGGCACUCCUCCUGGCUGCCCUCUCAGAAGGCAGUGGAAGAGUGGUGGCAGAAUUCUCCAGCAAGAGCAGGAAGAGGCACCAGGUCCUUUCACAGUUCAGAGAAGGAAAGAUUCAUGUGUUGGUGUCCAGCGAUGCCAUGGCACGAGGGGUGGACAUACCUGACAUUGACCACGUGGUGUGCUAUGAUGUCACUGUUGCCUCCACUUACGUCCACCGCAUUGGCCGCACAGCCAGGGCCGGUCGGCCUGGCACUGCCCUCUCCCUCGUCACCAAACCCAUGCUUAGAGAGUUUCGUAGGGCACUGUCUGAUGAGGGCAAGGGUGCAUCACAACUUACUCUCUCCCAUGAGGAGUUGGAGCCUUAUGAGCAGCAGUACAUUGAUGCCCUGGCAACCCUCAAGAAGAUGUUGGAGGAAGAGGAGCGAGAAAAGCACCAGAAACAGAUUCAUAUUGGCAAAAGGAAGCAGCUAAAUAGGAGGCAGAGGGUGAGGAAGCAGAAGAAACAAAAGUUGGCGGACAAAAGAAGGGGCAUGAGGAAGUUCACUGUAAAUGCAAAUAAUUUACGGCAUCACAAUGAAUAUUAGAUGCUUACAAAAUGUUGGGUAUCAUGUGCAGCGAAGGAGUGAAGUUUUUUUUUAUGUGAGGAAGACACUGCAGGUUCCCUAAAAGAUUUUAAAGGAUUUAAAGGAUAGGGACAAAUGUCUCUAUGCAACAAUUUAGGAGUUAACCUACCUUGUGGCCACUGUGAAUGGAUGUGGUCUGGUGCAAGCAAGUAGUACAAGUUGUUGCUGUUUUUAAUUGGGUCAGUCAUGGUGAUGGUGGCUGUCUUGCACUGUCAUCCAUGUCAGGAUUAAGUGAACUGUGAUUGUUAUUUUCAUUUGAUCAUCAAAUAGAUUGUAUAUGCCUUUUAA